UCUCAAACAUAGUAUAUGCAUGUAUCCUCCAAUUAUAUCUAUAAAUCCCCUUAACAUUUCUGCAAAAAAACACACAACUCUCUCUCUCUCUCUGCUAUACUCUAUAUUAUACCUUGGGAAGCCAUCAAUGGCUUAUUUCGUUCUGUUUGUUUUGCUGUUUGCUGGGCAAGUGAUUGGUGGAUUCAGUGCCCAAAAGCUCCCUCCACCCAACAAUGGAAAUUUGAUAACUAUUCUUGCCAUUGAUGGUGGUGGUAUCAAGGCCAUUAUUCCAGCAACAAUUCUUGAUUACUUGGACAAGGCUCUUAAGGCUAAGGAUCCAAAUGCAGAUUUAGCACAUUACUUUGAUGUCUUCGGAGGAACCAGCACUGGUGCAAUCACAACAGCUAUGUUAGCCACCCCAAGCCUUCAUGAUCCUACUCGUGCUGCCUUUACUCCUGCACAAAUUGUAGAGUUCUACAAACAAAAUGGCCCUCGUAUAUUCAACGCAUCUAGACCUGGAAACGGUCCCCUGUUCGUUGGGGAGGGUUUACAUGGCUCAACUCGUGAAGCGUUGAAGGAAACACGAGUUAGUCAAGCAUUGACCGAUGUUGUAUUCCCAGCUUUCGAUAUCAAGAAACAAAAGCCAUUUGUUUUCUCAAGCUACAAGCUUGAGAAGGUUCCAUACUUAAAUGCCUUGUUGUCGGAUAUAUGCAUAUCCACUUCAACUGCACCCAGACAGUUACCACCUUACUUUUUUGAGAACGAUGGUGUUGAGUUCAAUCUAGUUGAUGGUGGUGAAGCAGCUGUGAAUCCGACACAAAUAGCAGUGAGUGAAGUGCUACAGCAAAAUAAAGAUCCUGAAAUUUUAGUGUUGUCUUUGGGGACCGGAGUAUCAAAAAUUGAGGAGAUUUAUGAUGCUGAGGUGGCUGCCACAUGGACAGAAGAGACAUGGGCUGUUAUUGAUCCCACUUUUCAAAAUCGUGGUUAUACAGCCAUCACUGAAUACUAUCUUGCUUCAAUCUUCUCGGGCUUUCAAUCUCAAAAUAAUUACCUUCGAGUUCAGGAAUACGACUUGAAUCCUGAUUUCAACGACCCUAUUAAUGUUACAAAAGCAAGCUUGGACGGUCUUGAAGAGAGUGGAAAACAACUGUUACAGAAAAAAGUUGUGACGUUUAAUUUGGAUACUUUUGAUUUAGAAGAAGGUGUGGGAACAUAUGCAGAAGCUCUUGACAGGAUUGCUGAUAUUUUGCAUGGAGAAAGACAAAGUCGUCUUCUGAGAAGCAAAUCCAUGGAAAAAGGAAGAAGACCAAUUCUUGAAACUCUUGCUCAAGCAAAUUGGGCAUUCCAAAAGAACUUACAUAUUUAAUGUCAAUGGAGGACCAUGUUGUACUAUCUAUAUAAUAAUAAACUAGAACCAUGAAUAGUGUACCUACCAUUUUCCUAUUUACAAAUAAAAAGGUUCACUCUCUUCAUGUUAGUUUUAA